AUGAUGAUGAUGUCCCUGAACAGCAAGCAGGCGUUCAGCAUGCCGCACGGCGGCAGCCUGCACGUGGAGCCCAAGUACUCGGCAUUGCACAGCGCCUCGCCCGGCUCCUCCGCACCCGCGGCGCCCUCCGCCAGCUCUCCAAGCAGCUCGAGCAACGCUGGCGGCGGGGGCGGCAGUGGCGGGGGCGGCGGAGGCCGGAGCAGCAGCUCCAGCAGCAGCGGCAGCAGCGGCGGCAGCGGCGGGGGCUCCGAGGCGAUGCGGAGAGCGUGUCUUCCAACCCCACCGAGCAAUAUAUUCGGCGGGCUGGAUGAGAGUCUGCUGGCCCGCGCCGAGGCUCUGGCGGCGGUGGAUAUCGUCUCCCAGAGCAAGAGCCACCACCAUCACCCGCCCCACCACAGCCCCUUCAAGCCGGACGCCACCUACCACACCAUGAAUACCAUCCCGUGCACGUCGGCUGCCUCCUCUUCGUCGGUGCCCAUCUCGCACCCCUCCGCGCUGGCGGGCACGCACCACCACCACCACCAUCACCACCAUCACCACCACCAGCCGCAUCAGGCGCUUGAGGGCGAGCUGCUGGAGCAUCUGAGUCCCGGGCUGGCGCUGGGAGCCAUGGCGGGCCCCGACGGCGCCGUGGUGUCCACUCCAGCUCACGCGCCGCACAUGGCUACCAUGAACCCCAUGCACCAAGCUGCUCUCAGCAUGGCCCACGCGCACGGGCUGCCCUCACACAUGGGCUGCAUGAGCGACGUGGACGCCGACCCCCGGGACCUGGAGGCAUUCGCCGAACGCUUCAAGCAGCGACGCAUCAAGCUGGGGGUGACCCAGGCCGAUGUGGGCUCCGCGCUGGCCAACCUCAAGAUCCCCGGCGUGGGCUCGCUCAGCCAGAGCACCAUCUGCAGGUUCGAGUCCCUCACGUUGUCUCACAACAAUAUGAUCGCGCUCAAACCCAUCCUGCAAGCGUGGCUGGAGGAGGCGGAGAAGUCCCACCGCGAGAAGCUCACCAAGCCGGAGCUCUUCAACGGCGUGGAGAAGAAGCGCAAGCGCACGUCCAUCGCGGCGCCGGAGAAGCGCUCGCUCGAAGCCUAUUUCGCCAUCCAGCCGCGGCCCUCCUCCGAGAAGAUCGCCGCCAUCGCGGAGAAGCUGGACCUUAAGAAAAAUGUGGUGCGCGUCUGGUUCUGCAACCAGAGGCAGAAACAGAAAAGAAUGAAAUAUUCCGCGGGCAUUUAG